AUGAUAGCCGUAGAGCAACCGCAGUCGCCUUCGCUCCUGAAGCGAUCGACGUCCAUGUUCAGACGCUUUUCAAAACGAGAAAGUAGGCCGGUCUUGCCAGUCUCUCCAGGGCCAUCGCCCCUUCCAUCGCCCCGCAAGCUGCAACGACGACCCACGAACAAGGACCCAACCGCGAAGAUGAUCACCCACCUCCAAACGAUCGAGUUUUCCGAAAAAGCACCUGCCGUCGGAUCCCCCAGGCGAGAGGUUGAACUGCGAAGAAGAGUGUUAGCAUCCGACAUGCGCACAAUGCCUUUCCCCGCCUCGCCUUGCGUACAAACCGUCGCGUGGAAUGUGUUUUUGACACCGGAGCAAGCGUACAGCCUGGUCAUGGGUUUCCGUCCAAGAGAAACGGACGACAAAUGGUUUAUAUAUUCGGAAGGGCCUGACCACUCCGGCAAGCUGAAAGUGCACUUCCACCGCAGCUGGACGGGAAUGAAGAUUGCUGAGCUCUUUGUGGUGAUCGAUCUGAAAGGAGAGGGUGCCGGCAAGAUUGUUGGCAUCAAAUGGGAUGGGUCGGAUCAGACGAAUGGGCUGGAACAGGAGGAGGUAAAGUACAUGGUGUCGACGGCAUGCGCGUUUGUGCUCGAAAUCAGCCUGGAAAACGGGGUAUUAUGA